UGUUGUUGAUGCCCGAAGUUGCUGUUGUUUGGACACUGUGUUGCUCUCUUAUCUUCUCCUGACAUUGAAGAGACAUUAAACCCGAGAGAGAGACACUGUGGGCAUUUACUGACUGAACCGCUAAUGAGUAACAAGGGAAAGGUUUCUCAGCGAAGACUUCAAAUUAACGCAGUAUCGACAGGAGAGCUAGCCUCUAAGCUUGGACCUUCGGUGAAAAGAAGAAAGACAGCAAAAACAGCCGACGGCUUGACGUGUUUUCUUUGUUUAUGUCGUGCCAGUCUCAACCGCGGGAUUGAUUUUCUUUAUCCCGGAUUUGUAUUUUUUUCUGCGCAUACAUUAUUUAUAUUUAUACUUUAUUAUCAUAACACGGAGAGCAGCUAGCUCGUGAGCUAACGUUAGCCAAUAGCGCAAAGAAACAGUGUUGUUGUCAAGCUCUGAUGCUUUCGUAACCGCCCGACAAAGACAGAUAACAGGAGCUAACAGUAGGAGAAGUCAGGCUGAAGACGCUAUUUUCGUGCCUAUGUGUUUUUUCUCGCUCUGUCAGUUGAUAAAGUGUUUUGUUGAACUGUUGUGAUAUUGAAUACUACAGCUGAACAACUGGUCCUUUCCUCUUUGACGUUUGAGACGUUGUAGUCCGUUAAAUAAGUGGGGUUUCUCUGUCAUUUCUGACGUCGAAUCGAGAGAGUUCGUGUGUUUUUAAAUCCGUAUCGAUUUUAAGUAGCUAAUAGCUGGCCUUGUACGUGUCGGGCUGACAGGUUGCGUAAUUUGUUUGUGAGCAAGCUGUCAGUCUUUGCAGUGUAACAGUUGAUCUGUUAUUUAAAACGCAUUCAUCUGUGUUGGCCUUUGGUACCCAGCUGUCAUUUCUCCACUCAGAUGUCAUUUUAAAGAUUUACCAUAUUUAAUCAUUCUCCUCACAUACAUUGUUAAUUUCAGUGACAUAUGACAUGUGAUAAAGUGGCGAUUUUUUACUGUAAUCUAUAGUCAGAAGCUAUUUCAUGUUCACACUGAUGAAUUUGGUAGAUCUGUAAAAGUAGGUAGAUGGAUUUCUGUAUUAAAGCAGCUGUCUGAAGCUUUUGUUAGACAGUGUUGAGAUCAGGGAGAGACGGACAAAAAGAAAGGGUCCCUCAGAGGGUCCCAUUGUGUAUUGAGGUGAGCUGAGCUGCCCCCUACUACUUGCCAAUGCUGGAUCUGGAGGUGGUGCCUGAGAGAUCACUAGGAAAUGAGCAAUGGGAAUUCGCCUUAGGGAUGCCAUUGGCCCAGGCCAUCUCUAUUCUUCAAAAACACUGCCGCAUCAUCAAAAAUGUCCAGGUGCUAUACAGUGAACAGACGCCACUCAGCCAUGACCUCAUACUGAAUUUGACUCAGGAUGGAAUUAAACUGCUGUUCGAUGCCACAAAUCAGAGACUCAAGGUUAUUGAAGUGUAUGACCUGAGCAAAGUAAAGUUGAAAUACUGUGGAGUCCAUUUCAACUCUCAGGCCAUUGCACCCACAAUAGAGCAAAUAGAUCAGUCAUUUGGAGCUACGCACCCUGGAGUUUACAAUGCUGCAGAGCAGCUGUUCCAUCUCAACUUUCGAGGCCUGUCCUUCUCCUUCCAACUGGACUCAUGGAACGAAGCUCCGAAAUACGAGCCUAACUUUGCCAUGGGUUUGGCCUCCCUGCAGAUUCCACAUGGGGCAAUGGUCAAGAGGAUGCACAUCUACACUGGCAACAACCUGCAAGAAACCAGAGCUCCAGUGAUGCCAUUGGCUUGUUUCCUGGGUAACAUAUACGCAGACAGCGUGGAUGUCCUGAGAGACCAGGCAGGACCUCUUGGACUUAAACUUCGCCUUCUCACUGCAGGUUGUGGGCCCGGUGUGAUGGCUGAUGCUAAAGUGAGGUCCAUAGAAAGAAACAUUUACUUUGGAGACUCCUGUCAGGAUGUUUUGGGAGCUCUGGGCUCGCCACACAAAGUCUUUUACAAGUCUGAGGACAAGAUGAAGAUCCACUCUCCAUCGCCUCAUAAGCAGGUCCCUUCUAAAUGUAACGACUACUUCUUCAACUACUUCACCCUCGGAGUGGAUAUCCUGUUUGACUCAACAACACACCUUGUAAAGAAGUUUGUCCUUCAUACCAAUUUCCCUGGACAUUAUAACUUCAAUAUAUACCAUCGAUGUGACUUUAAGAUUCCACUGGUCAUCAAGAAAGAAGGAGCUGAUUCUCAGACAGAGGACUGCAUCUUAACCACCUACAGCAAGUGGGAUCAGAUUCAGGAGCUGCUAGGUCAUCCUAUGGAAAAACCUGUUGUGCUUCACAGGUCCUCUUCGGCCAAUAACACCAACCCUUUUGGCUCAACCUUCUGCUUUGGACUGCAGAGGAUGAUCUUUGAGGUGAUGCAGAAUAACCACAUAGCAUCAGUGACCCUCUAUGGAGCUCCACGGACCACCAGUCAAGCCAGACCCGGGUCCAGUAGUAGUUCCCACUGAACAAGUAACCAGAACCAUAUCUCAUUUGGCCUGUCCUGAAUCUAGUACCUCUACUGACUGAACCUCUAACCCAGAGCCAGAUUCUUAACCAAGCAGAUCUAAACCAGAACAACAUGCUAAGCUCGGAUGCUUCUCAUAAAACCGAACACAAAACAAGAAUUCACAAACAACCAAAUCAGACCUGGAAUUUAUCAACUGUUCUUGAUGGUUCCUGAGACCUAUUCCUUCAGUCUGCACAAUAAACCCAACCUGGACAAUCCCAGGACCCAGGAUCUGGCAUGAUGCUAUGAAAUGAAAUGAUGGAUAUCAUGGUGAUGCUGCACGCUGACAUGGUGAAGAAGUCUGUGUUCCAGUUGCCAUGCAGUGACUGCACGUAUCCAGAACCAGAGAAGAAGAGUUAGUCCAGUCUGUUGUUGGAUGGCACGGUUGAUCCAAUAAGAUGUGAUAGCAGUCUGUGUAUGACAAUAAUCUCCAUAACAUUGUGGUGGAGUCUGAUCAGCAUUUAAAAAAUCAUCUGCAACAAUCUAAGUGUUAAACAUAAAACAUAGAGUUGUGGAGUUCUAUCACCGUGUACGAAAACUGCUGCAGCCAAAGUCUUGAAUCACAUUCUGGCUUGACCCACUGAUUACACAUCAACCAAUCACACUGCCAGCCCAACCAGGCAGUACUGCCUGUCUUCCUGCCACAACCUCAGAACCAGACCCAACUGUCUUCAAAACCCAGACACAUCCAAACCAGAGGAACCAAACUAGAGCCAUGAAGGAGCUGCAGAGGAUUGUUUCCGAAAAGCAGAGAAACAUGAGUAUCCAGAUAUUGUCGGACAAGAGGGGAACCAAACACACUCAGGGUUUGGAGCAACAAGUGACCCAUAAUGCAAUCUGAGAGGCAGAGUAAUUCGAUCAGAAGCCCAACAAAGCCAAACAACCCAAAUAUGAUCUCUGUCGAAGAUCGUCUCCCUCCUCCACCUUCCUCUUUACUCCCUUACAACUUUCUCCAGUGGUGCCCACACACACACACACACACUCAAGCACACAGCAGUAAGAACUUUAUCUCACAGCUGUUUGACGCUCCAGACGUUUGUGUCUAUGUCUUUGCGUACUCUCAUAAAUGAGCAUCUGCAUGUGAUUAGCCGCUGGUUUUCAAACGGACACUUUGACAGACUUUAAUUCAAGCACACACAGCAUUUCAGUCCCUUCCCCUCUAUACUCGCAUGUAUUUCUAAUACAUGAGAGCUGGUUUGUCUUUUUAGCCUUUGAGACGCUGGAGACGUGCAGGCAUGACACAAGAAUUUGCAUGAACUUGGCCGACAUUUUGAAAAGGUGAGAAUAAUUACAAGCACAAACUGGCAACCUGUUGGCUUUAUUUGAUGCUGCAUGCUGUGAGGGGCAUUGUCCUGGCAUACAAUUUGUUUUGAUUUCGCUGCCCUCCUUCACUCACGCACACCAUGACCAUUUUUAUUGUAUUCUUUUUGAAAACAACCAUUUUAACAUUUGCACUAAAACACACCUUUUUACUUGAUUGGUUCUUAUGUUCGGUCCUCUGAGUUGAAUUUGUGGAGACGUUUGGAGAUGUAGUGGUGUGAGUGAAUGCGUGUUUGUUUUUAUCCACGAGUAUUUACACAGCAAAGGUGCAUAUUGGAUGCACCUUUGCUGAUGUCCUCUGUGUUACUCUUGUUUCCCUCUAUGCUUUCUUCAUCUCCACAUCUGACUGAUACUAUUCAUCCCUCUGCAAUGUUUGCAUUUAUUUCUUUGUUGAAUUGCCAAAUGCUAUAGCCAAAGACGUUUCAGGAUGAUUUCAUUUGAUCUGCUGAUAUUAUCAGUAAUCUUCUGUCUAAACCUGCCCCGUGGAGAGAGUGGCUCCUUUCAUUUGCACAUUUUGAUUCCCGCCUACAUGUCAAAGAGUCAUUAUCUUGGUAAAGCCUUCAAAUCCAGCUCCCGGUUUCUGUAACUGCUGACGAUAAUUGCACAAGAUGACAAAAGCUGACUAAUAUGAGAGGUUUGAAAACAAUCUGCAUGUUUUUCAUCUGGUUUCUGCUUCAGACGUGAACAAAAGUACCAUCCUCUGUCUUCUCUCCUCUGGUUGUCUCUUGUUCAGUGGUUACUGUUGCCAGAGUGCUUUAAUUUAAAGAUUUUACUACCUUUUUCUGAGGAAUUGGUACAUAUGAACCCAUUUAUUAAAUGGGACAGAACAUCAGGCAUUCCAUCAUCAUAACAUUUGUUUGAAUCCUUCUCCUAAUCCUUGCUUUUUUAAAAUCAUAAGCAUUUGAAUAAAUUGUGUAUUAAUUUUAAUACACAUUUUCUCUUUAUUGUCCUGGGAUGCAAAUGCUAUUUUUUAUGUUUGUGUAUUGCUGAAUUUUGAUUGUUUUUAUCAUCAUGUGUGAAGGCAUCAGGGUUAAAGUAAGGGUAUGUUAACAUGACAAAAUGCUGAAAAUAAACAGGGCUAAAUGAAGAAAAUGAAACACUUGUUAGGCCGCUACAGGUAAUCUGCGAAAAUAUAUAUAUAUAUUUUUUUCAUCAUCAGAGAUUUUCUCCCCUGUACUUUUUCAAGCAAAGCUAUUUACAAAUUCCCUACUUUCUACAUGUUUCUUUUCUCUUUGUGCAUUGUCUAACAAUUCUUAACAGACUAAAAUUGACUCAUUUUUGAGCUUGACCUAUACAAAAUGCCACCAGGUAAUGAUUAGCUCGCACCAUCAGCUUCUACAAUCACCAGUCAACAGACUGUUGCUCAGUGUCAAAAACAAUAUAGAAGCUUUACUCCAUCACAUUUUCAGAAGACACACCCACCAAUCACUUCAUUGGAUAAAUCUGUUCAGCUGCUUGUUUAUGCAAGUGCUAAGCAGCCACAUGGUAGCAUCAGUGCAAUUAAGAAUGCAGGCAUGUUUAUGAUCUAGUCUUGACCAUGCACCUCCAAUUUUGAGGCUGCUGGAAAAUUGUGGAUUGCACCCUCCAGGUGGGGAGGGUGUCUUUGUCCCAAGUGAAGGGAUUCAGGUAUCUUGGGGUCUUGUUCACAAGUGAGGGUAGAAUGGACCGUGAGGAUGACAGGCGGAUUGGUGCAGCAUUGCGGAUAUUGUACUGUACCAUCAUGGUGAAGAGGGAGCUUAGCCAAAAGGCAAAAACCUUCAAUUUAACCCUCAUCUAUGGUCAUGAAGUCUGGGUAAUGACCAAAAAAAUAAGAUUGCAGGUCAAGCAGUCAAAAUAAGGGAGGGAGACGCUGGGGUAGACCCAGGACUUGCUGGAGGGAUUAUAUGUCUCAUCUGGCCUGGGACCACCUUGGAAAUCCCCCAGAAAGAGUUGGAAAAUGUUGUUGGGGAGAGGGAUGUCUGGGUGGACGUGCUUAGCCUGCUGCCACCACAACCCAGCCCCGGAUAAGCUGAAGAAAAUGGAUGGAUGGAUGAACAUGGUGAAGAUGACCGAGCUCCAGAAGGUGGAGGAAAGAUGAAUGAAGUGACUUUGAAUGUGCCUUUGUUGGUAUUCAUUUUAUUUACCCAAAUUCUGACCUUACCUGUCAGUUAUUCCAACAGAAACUGAGACUCAUCAGGCCAGGCAACAUUUUCCAAUCUUCUGUUGCCCCAUUUUGGUGAGACCAUGUGAACUGUAGCCUCAGUUUCCUGUCCUUAGCUGACAGGAGUGACACCCGAUGCGGUUACCUGCUGUUGUAGCCCAUCAUGGAUUAGAAGGUAGACCUCAAAACCAGAGGGUAAUGGGUUCAAUUCCUUGCUCCUACUGUCACAUGUUGAUGUGUCCUGGUGAGACAUUUAACCCCAAUUUCCUCCAACUGCUGCACCACUGGUGUAUGAAUGUGUAUGGACUCAUAUGAAUGUGUUCUCUACAUAGCAGCCUUUGCUGGAUGUGGAGUGAAUGGGUGAAAGUGUGACCUGUGGUGUAAAUACUGUAUAGCUUUGUUUUAACAAGCCUUUCUAUCAGCUUUUACCAGUACAGUCAGCUCUGACUUCAACAAGGCAUAUUGGUCCAGAAUAUUGCCACUCACAGGAUAUGUUAUCUUUUCUGGACUGUGCUCUUUACACUCCAGAAGUGGUUGAGUAUGUGAACCAGUGGAUCGGCAUUUUUUUGAAAUACUCAGAUUAGCUCGUCUGGCACCAACAACCAUGGCAUGCUCAAAGUCACUUUUUCUUCCUAGUUGUGAGGCUUUGUUUGAAACUUCGCACUGAUUUUAUGUCUACAUGCCUUAAUGCACUGGUUGCUGCCAUGUGAUUGGCGGAUUAGAAAUUCAUGUUAUUGAGCCAGUUGUUUAGGUGUCCCUAAUAAUGUGAUCAGUGAGUGUUUAUAUUAAUGUUCACACUUUGAUUUACUAAAAACCUGUGACAGGAAUACUUAUUAGUUUUACUCAAAUUAGUUUUUUUCUCAGUACCAUUCUCUAUCACAACUCGGCUCUUUGCAGAACUGUUCAGAUAAAUUUAUUUUACAAGAAAGUUCCAGGCAGAUGACAUCCAAUAUGUGCAGCCCUGAUGCUUGGAGUUGAUGUUGAUGUACAUGCUGUAAAUAGUUGUGCGCUGAUAUUCUAGUGUCCUUUUAUUAACAUGAUCUUUAACGGCACAGACACAACUGACUCAGGCGAUGGCUGAGUAUCUUUAUAGUCCUCCAUGGUUCUGAUCACACCUACAACUCAGGAGGAGGCAUCAGCUCACACAUGACUCAAAAACAAUCACUGGAAGUUUUUCUCCCUUAAACUCUGGACCACUCUAUUGAAAUAUACUCUCCUGCAAUGCUAAGGCUGAUAGUACACAAAAGUGUUGGGUGCCAGUAGUUAGCCCUGCUUCAGCUCUGCUUGACCUGUUCAUUUUUUUAAAACCCAGAAAUGCCAUAAAAUAAAAAAGCUCUAUAGAAGCAGACAGAGAAGAUGGUCUGUCUUGAUGUUUCUUCUGACAGAUGGCUGUGAUGCAGAUUGGCCGGAAUCCGACUGGGAGUCCAGUGCUGGCAUGUUGCUGGAUUUUAUGCCUCUUGUUUGCACAAGAAAAAUAAAUAUUUGGCAGCAUUUUUAGCAGUCAAACAAAGUAAAUUGCUGUUUUGUAGAAGCAGGAGAGGUCGAGUAAAAUAACUAUGAAAGAUGAAUUUCAGUGAACUAAUUUUCUCACCAGGCUUCCAGCUUUAAGAUGUUGAAAUGCGAUGGCUGUCCAGCAUGUCUAAUGAAUUUGAAACUUCAAAGUUCCCUAUUCCUCUGCUCUAUCUGCUUUGUGUUUGAAGGGGAAAUGUAUGUAAUAAAACGUGAAAGCUAUAUUAAAAUUUUUUUCCUGAAACAUGCUUCUCUGCAAAGAUGAAAAAAAUACACAAAACUGUUGAACAUUGUGCCUCAUCUCCCACCGAGCCUGUCUUUGACUUCUGUCUCUAUCUCCUCUGUAAAAAGGAAUCUCCUUGUAAAUACGAUUUGAGAUUGCAUUUGAACUGCAUCGCUGUACAGUACAUACAGUAUGUGUGCGUGUCACUGAGCAUUAGAAACAAGCUAACAUGAAUUUGGCCGUCUCAGCUGUUUUAGUUUUUCUGUUAGCUGUAGAGCUGUGGUUCUCAACUGGUGUAUCUGGACCCAAAAAUGUAUUGUGGAGCUUUUUGCUGAUUGCAAAUGUAUGUCUGGAAAAUGAGUUUUGAAUAUACAUCCCUUACAUUUUAUUUUACACCAUUUCCCCAUGAUAAUGGGUAAAUUUUGAAGGUUUUCUCAACAUCUGGACUUAACUCUUGUUCUCAAGAUAACAGCCUGUUUUGCAAUGGUAGUGAUUUAAUUUCUCAAGAUCUCUGAAAAAAACUUAAAUUUACCUGUUAUCGUAGGAUAUGAGUCAAAUAAAAUGUAUGUAUGCAUGUCCUUAUAGGGCUUCUGUAAUGAUGCGCUUCUAAACAUGUUUGUUUUGUCCUGUCUUUUUGGUGGGCCAUAUGCUUCACCCCAUCUUCAGUCCAAACUUUAACAUUUGUAUAAUAUAAUUUGAUUGGUCCUGGAUAUAUCUCUAAGGAGGUGCUGGUGGGUCCUGAGGCUGGACCAGUUGGGAACCACUGUUGUAGAGAAUGGUAGGUUGGGUCCGGGUUUCCUAAAACAAGGAUGAAUUCGCACCAACAUUAUUAUUUUUUUUUUAUGUUCCUGUUUUCUUUCAUCUGGUACAGGAGCAUAUUGCAUUCACAUGAGAGGAUCAUAUUUUCCCUUCUUUCAGUUUUCUGAGACAUCAUUAUCUCAAAAUUACAACAAAGCAUCAUUAAAAAUUUAUUUCGCCAUUUUUCUGAGUGUAAUUUUUCUGAGAUACUUACAUAAGCCUGUCAUUAACUAAGAAAACUGAAAGACUAGGUAAGAAAAACUAUGGCUGCAUGCAGCACUGCAUGUCUGGGUCAUGUUAUAGCCACAAAAUGUGCUGAUGCAGUGGUGCCAACAGACAAAGUUUAAACAGUCGGAGCACAGUAUAAACAUCAGUAACAAACUGAAUUGUGUAAUGCAAUUCCUGAUGGAUCUUAACAAUAUGUGGUGCUGUGGCACUAAUUGCUGGCAUGUUAAGUUAAAAAGUGGUCUUUGACCACACAUACAGUUUGAGGCAGUUUUCACCAUCUAUGUUUGAAUAACAGGAACUUCCUGUUACAUGGCGAGACGUCAAACUUUAAGCUGCCAAAGUCGCACCCCUUAAGUUUUGUUGCAUUACUUUUUUUCUAAAAGGUCUUUCUGAGCUCUGCACAUUUAACAUGGAUUUAGGUGCUUUUUGGAGGAGUAGUUAAUCCCAGAACGAGGCCUGAAAAUGUCCAAUUUUAACCGAUCUUAUUUAACAAAAAUUCCAAACACUUCCUGUUUGUUUGGCAAUUUGGAUCCAAGAGGGUUUUCUGUAGGCCCUGGCAUAAUGCAUAUCACUGCAAGAUUUCAGAAUCCAAAAAUGUAAAUGCUGCAGGAGCUAAAAAAGAGAAAAGGAUUAACUUAGGAAAAACAGAGAAAACAUGAAAAUAUUUUUGUAAUUGUGUCAUAAUCUCAGAAAAACAUGGCAAAAUGGGAUUUUUCUCAUGUAACUGCAAGAUUCUUCAGUAAUGUGCUUUGUGUUUACAGAGCCAUAACAAACACCAAGAAGAGUUUGCAAGUGUUAACUUCCCUUAAAAACUUACACUUAGUGUCGAAAGCACAAUAAAAAUAGAGGGAUACUGCUGAGUUGUCAUUAAAGACUGAAGAGAGAUGAUUGCUUGUCCCCUUUCAAACUACGUUUAAAAACAGUGAAAGUCCUCAAGGUCAAAAGCCAAGUUGGGCUGUGCUUUAGUGGAUGUCAGUUGGUCAAUAUAAACAUAAAAACCAACCUGGCCAUGACCCCUCAGCAACAUAAUGAAACCAUAAAUAAAUUAAUUGAUGUGCAGAAUAAGAAACAUGGUACCCAUGACCCCUGUUUUGGUAAACCCGACCUGCCGCCAUAGACGGUCAGAGCUGUGAGGAUGCUUUGUUACUGAGAGACAGAGAGAGGAGCUUUAGGGUGCUUGGGUAGUUAAUCUCACCCAAACUCAGGUGGACAUAUCACAUACUUGUUUUUCUAAAAAAAUUUAAGUGAGAAGAAUGAGCGAAACCAGGAGGUCUGAGUGGCUUUUAACUUCCACUUUUUCAUUUUUGUAUUAUUUUGUUGAAUGCAGGAAUGAAUGAUUGUCAUAAGCUGAUUGUUGUAAUUUAUAAUGGACAGCUUCAGUUCAGUGUAUUGAUAAUCUCAUAUUAAGGCUUUGUAUUGUCUGUUAUUGGUAUCAUAUGUUCUGUUGCCCAUCUCGCUUCUUCUCCUUCAAAUAUUUUUUUUUGUGGACAUUUGAAGCCCAUUUCUGGAAAUGGGACAGUUAAACUUAAUUAAAACUUGUGAACUUCA